AUGUCUACCACGGAUGGAGAAAAUGAGAAAUCUUCCAAUCCUAACGAGGUGGAUUGGGAUGGCCCCGACGAUCCUAAAAACCCACGCAAUUGGCCGACUUGGCGACGGUCAAUGCUUGUCGGUGUCAUCACCUGUGUUGUAUCAAUAGCCUCGUCCGCAAUUGCUCCGGCCAUUCCCCAGAUCCUGAAAGAGUUCAACUCGACGAAUCAGGAGAUUGGAGUUUUAGCAGUUACAAUCGAGCUUCUAGGAACAGGUGUCGGCCCUAUCCUGAUGGGUCCCAUGUCCGAACUUGUUGGUCGUCGAGUGAUCUACAACGGUGCAAAUAUUGGAUUCAGCGAAUUCUCGCUCGGACGUGCCCUCGCACCGUCUCUACCUGGAUUGGUGAUUAUGCUUUGCAAAGAUGCUCUGCGUCCUGCUCCAUGA